AUCAAAACCUCUCUUUUUACCUCUCAUUCUCUCACCACAUUGGCUUGCGAAAUGGGUCUCUUUCUUUGCUUCUUUUUCUUUCUGGUCAUCUCUUCUGCAAGUGCUUGUGAUCGCUGUGUCCAUCAAGCCAAAGUUGCCUAUUUCUCCAAAGCGUCUGCUCUUUCAUCUGGAUCUUGUGGGUAUGGUUCCCUGGCUCUGGGCUUCACCGGCGGCCAACUUGCGGCCGCUGUUCCUAGCCUUUACAAAGAUGGAGCUGGUUGUGGUGCAUGCUUUCAGAUUAGAUGCAAGAACGCAGCUCUGUGUACCAAACAAGGGACCAAAGUGGUAGUCACUGAUCUUAACAAGAACAACCAGACAGAUUUCGUUCUCAGCAGCAGAGCUUUCAUGGGCAUGGCUAACAAGGGCAUGGGCCAGGACAUUUUGAAACUUGGCCUAGUCGACGUCGAAUACAAGAGGGUGCCUUGUGAUUACAAAAACCAGAAUUUGGCUGUCCGAGUGGAAGAGAUGAGCCAAAAGCCAAAUUAUCUGGCAGUGAAGUUCUUGUACCAAGGUGGUCAAACAGAGAUUGUAGCAGUUGAUGUGGCUAAGGUUGGUUCGCCAAACUGGACGUUUAUGAGUAGGAACUAUGGCGCUGUGUGGGACACAAGCCGGGUACCAGAUGGGCCAUUGCAGUUCCGAGUGGUGGUGACAUCGGGGUACGAUGGGAAGAAUAUUUGGGCCCAGAAUGUGCUUCCGGCUGAUUGGAAAACCGGGGUGAUGUACGAUUCCGGAGUUCAGAUCAGCGAUAUUGCACAGGAGGGUUGUUCGCCGUGUGACGAAAGAAUCUGGAAAUGAAAGGAAAGGAUGCCUCUUGUGUGAAUAAUACUCCUAAUGAUAGUAUUAGCUUUCAUCUGUACCUUAACAAAAUAAAAUGCUGCUCAUCAAUGACACAUCUCUUUCAUCA